AUGGGUGAAAAUAGUAGAGCAGAGCAAUAUUUCCAUAUGUUGCUCGAUGACACCUCGCUAGAUCAAAGUGCUCAUGUAUUAGCACAUAAUAACAUCGGAGGAGUUUAUGACAAUCAAGGUGAUUAUGAGAAAGCAUUGAAAUCUUAUGAAAAAUCUCUUGAAAUUCAAUUGAUUUCACUUCCACCAAAUCACCCUGAUAUUGCAACAACAUAUAAUAACAUCGGAUCAGUUUAUAGGCAUCAAGGUGAUUAUGAGAAAGCAUUGAAAUCUUAUGAAAAAUCUCUUGAAAUUCAAUUGAUUUCACUUCCACCAAAUCACCCUGAUAUUGCAACAACAUAUAAUAACAUCGGAUCAGUUUAUAGGCAUCAAGGUGAUUAUGAGAAAGCAUUGAAAUCUUAUGAAAAAGAUCUUGAAAUCAGUCUCAUUUCACUUCCACCAAAUCACCCAUCUAUUGCAACAACAUAUAAUAACAUCGGAUCAGUUUACAAGAAUCAAGGUGAUUAUGAGAAAGGAUUGAAAUAUUAUGAAAAAGAUCUUGAAAUCAGUCUCAUUUCACUUCCACCAAAUCACCCUGAUAUUGCAACAACAUAUAAUAACAUCGGACUGGUUUAUAACAAUGAAGGUGAUUAUGAGAAAGGAUUGAAAUAUUAUGAAAAAGAUCUUGAAAUCAGUCUCAUUUCACUUCCACCAAAUCACCCAUCUAUUGCAACAACAUAUAAUAACAUCGGAUCAGUUUAUAACAAUCAAGAUGAUUAUGAGAAAGCAUUGAAAUCUUAUGAAAAAUCUCUUGAAAUCAGUCUCAUUUCACUUCCACCAAAUCACCCAUCUAUUGCAACAACAUAUAAUAACAUCGGAUCAGUUUAUCACAAUCAAGGUGAUUAUGAGAAAGCAUUGAAAUCUUAUGAAAAAUCUCUUGAAAUCAGUCUCAUUUCACUUCCACCAAAUCACCCAUCUAUUGCAACAACAUAUAAUAACAUCGGAUCAGUUUAUCACAAUCAAGGUGAUUAUGAGAAAGCAUUGAAAUCUUAUGAAAAAUCUCUUGAAAUCAGUCUCAUUUCACUUCCACCAAAUCACCCUGAUAUUGCAACAACAUAUAAUAACAUCGGACUGGUUUAUAACAAUCAAGGUGACUAUGAGAAAGCAUUGGAAUCUUAUGAAAAGACGCUUAGUAUCGUACGAAGAACAUUGCCGCUUGCUCAUCCUAGUCGGCGUUUGAUCGAGUCAGCUGUAACGGCUGUACGUGAAAAGCUUUCGAAGUAG